AUUUAUCAAGGGGAAAGGUCUCUGGUGAAAGACAACUUUUACCUUAACAAAGACAUCACGAUCGAGAUCCCCCCCAAGCCCGUGCGCGAAGCAACUGUCGAUGUUACAUUCGAAAUCAAUGAGAGCGGCCUGCUGACGGUGACAGCAGUGGAGCCCACAUCCGGGCGGCAGGUGAUGGUGGAAGUCACGCCCAAGGAAGCGCACCUGAGCGAGGCCGACAUCCAGGCUAUGAUCCAGAAGGCCAGUCUCUACAGGUGCGAGGACAAUGAAGCUAAAAGGAAAGUCGAGGAAGAGCUCCGAAAACGAGGAGUUGUUUUCUAGUUUUUGUAGACGGUUUAAAGAAUUUUUUCGUUUUCCCUCAUAUUUUCUUUUUUUAGCGAGAUUUUAGAUGAUUCUUCAAACUUAAGUGUAUGCAUAUUCGAUUGUAGUAAUACUUGUUUAAUUAGUUUGUUAAAACUAGAAGCUCAGUUAAGGUUGAACGGCCUUUAAUUUCAUCUUUCCACAAAUCUUCACUUGACAAUAAAUUCAAAUAGAUAAAGGAUACAUUGCUGCUAUUUUGUGAUUUGAGCCUCCUCGAAAUAAUUCUAGAGCCCAUAUUCAAUACUGCCCGUGCCGAGGCGAACACAGUGUAUCACUGAUAACAGCAUUUGUUCUUUUAAAGGAUUGUUUGAAAAGUACGCCCGUGUUUCCUAUAUAUUCAUUCGUUAAACUACGGGAGCUCAGGCGCCUGCGAGACUCGGGGUAGGCCUCCCCGCACUACUCGCAUGCACUGCAGGCGGAGUGUUGCCUACCAUCCAGGCGGCAAGAGACCGUGCAUUGGCUGAACCAGGCAGUUUCGUAACGUUGAACUCCGUGACGUUAACGGGGACUUUAACCCAGCACUAUGGCUAGUAUUCUGUCUUCUUUUCGUAGCACGAAAAUCAUUAGGAAGAGGUUAUGUGUAGG